ACAUCUCCAAAACUCAGACAACUUAGACUGAAGAAGAGCCACAAGAAACUAACAAAACCUAACAAGAAACUAACAAAAACUAACAAGAAACUAAUAAGAAACUAACAAGAAACUAACCUGCUCAAACAGCUCAUGCCUAAACGAUACUGCUGUGUUCAUUUCUGUUUAUUCGGACUUAUACAGUUUAUGGCAUCACCUGUGGCUAGCGUUAAGUCAACCUGUUUGUAGCUGUUAGUGUUUCGUUGCCGUUGGCGUCAGGAUGGACUCGUACCACGUUUUGGAGCUCGCUGGAGAGGGCUCAUAUGGCCGCGUUUACAAAGGAAGAAAGAAAUACAGUGGACAAGUCGUGGCCCUAAAGUUCAUGCCUAAAGUGGGCCGUUCUGAAAAGGAGCUAAGAAAUCUGAAAAGAGAAAUAGAGAUUAUGAGGGAUCUUCAACAUCCAAAUAUUGUUCAGCUUUUUGACAGCUUUGAGACAGCCACAGAGGUAGUAGUUGUGACUGAAUAUGCUGAGGGACAACUGUUUCAGAUCCUUGAAGAUGAUGGCAGUUUACCAGAAUGUCAGGUCAGAGAGAUAGCCUGCCAGUUGGUUUCAGCUCUUUAUUAUUUGCAUUCCCAUCGCAUUCUUCAUCGUGACAUGAAACCUCAAAACAUCCUGCUUGGGAAAAGUGGAGUGGUGAAGCUCUGUGAUUUUGGGUUUGCCAGGGCCAUGAGCGUGUCCACUCUGGUGCUGACUUCAAUCAAAGGCACACCACUGUACAUGUCUCCAGAGCUUGUGGGGGAGAUGCCCUAUGACCACACUGCUGAUCUCUGGUCCCUAGGCUGCAUUCUUUAUGAGCUCCACACGGGGGUGCCCCCAUUCUACACUAACUCCAUAUUUCACCUGGUGCAGAUGAUAGUAAGAGACCCAGUCAAAUGGCCACCAACAAUGAGCGACAACUGCAUGAGUUUCCUGAAAGGAUUGUUGACAAAAGACCCCCAGAAGCGACUUUCAUGGCCUGAUCUUUUGCAUCACCCAUUUGUAGAAGAUGGUGUUCAAGUUUUUUCAGACUCAACUGUGUUCAACCCCCUGACAGAAAUGCCUAGUCCUGAUAUGGUGGCACUGAAACUUCAGCAGGUCGCAUUGAAGACACCGCGGGUGACAGGGGAGAGUAGAUUAUUGCAAAAAGCCUGUGAAAAAACAAAGGAGAAAAAAGAAAUACAAAACAAAUGUGGUCACUCCAAGACAGCAGUCAAACAGUCUACCUUUAGACAGACAAAGCUACCACCUCUAGAAAAAGAUUUAAAAACAUCCAACACUAAUUCACAAGUUGGUGGCCACCAGAAAUCUAAAUACAGGAGUCAAAUCAGCAGAGACUAUGCACAGGAGUUCCCCUCUGUAGAGAGCAGUCCACAGUCAGUUCAGAGGUGCUUUGAAGAAAGAAGACCCUCUUUGCAUGCACAGUUUAGGAAACCGGAUGCUGAGGACCUUUGGGAAAAACUCCUCUCAGAUGUAGGCCAAUGCAGACUUGAAGUGCUUAGGCAUAAUGACCUCAUCCCAAGAGUUAAAUCAACAUUUCUUGCAUUUAAAACUCAGCUCAAAAGCGGAACCGUCAUAGAACCAUUAGAGAUCCAUCAGCCACUGAAGCUCUUAAACAGUCUGAUCCACUCUGAUCAGAAAGACACCUAUGACCUCUGUUUACAAAUCGGGCUGCCCUAUUCACUCUUUGACUUAAUCUAUGCCAUAGUUGAAAACCCAAAUAUUGCUAAGCUUCCAUGGUCUAUUCCUGCACUUGGUGAAAUGUUUGAUCUGCUCCUGAUCUUUUGGGGCAGGCACUGUGAUUGGGCAGAAGAAGAAUAUAGCCAAUUAGAAGACCACUCAAAGAUGUUUAUCACAGUUCUUAAUCAACCAAAGUUGAGGACAUUGGCACCUCUUGCAGCCUCUGUGUUGGCUAUCUUUAUACAACAUGGUGUAACUGUGGAUGCUGAUGUGGACACUCUGAUUUCAUUGUUGCGCGACCUUUGGGAAAUGAAUGAGGACCUCAUUCCCUUACCAGCGGGAUGGGGAAUGUUCGAUGGAAUCCUGGCUUUAUUCCUUCACACUCUCUCAGAGUGUGACAGUGGACAGGGGUCUUUGCGUUUAGACCCUGAUUUGUUUCUGGAUUUAUGGAUAAGUGUUGGUGUCUCACUUGGAAGAACCCCACCAUCCACAGAUCACUAUUCAGCAAAUGGCAUAUAUUCCUUUUUGUCUUUGGCACUGUUGGUCUUCAUACAAGAUCCAAACUCAUGCAUUCCUGUGUUUAGUGACACCUCAUCUAAAUGCGUGUGCACACUGGCUCUGCUGCUUAAGCCUGAUUGUUUGGGCUUGUUUGUGGAGGACUGCCCGCAUAGACUGGAGACUGAUUGGAGUCUUGACAGCUUGUCUGUGUUGAGCUGCCACUUGUUGUGUUUCCCAUUUGCUCUGGACGUUCCUGCUCUCACCAUGUCCAGGAUUCUUGACUUGUAUGUCAGCAGUAGUGUUAUUGCAGGCCUUUUACAGGUGAUUCAAACACUUACCCCUUCAUUAUUAGAGCUGCCUCUUUCGCUGCUGAGCCGUCUGCUGCUGUGUGACCCUGAGCGCUCGCUCUCUUGCCUCGGAAAUAGUGCUGGUAAUUUCUUUAUACCAUACCGGGACAACCGCCUCUCUGUCUCCACGGAUACUAGAGACAGAACCGCCAUGUCUCUGCUCUCAGAUCUGAUGCAGUCGGACGUCCUGUGGGAGGCUGCUGUGGAGCUGCUCACUGUUCUGUCCCAAGUUGCCCAAUGUUCCCCACAGCUUCACCUGGAAGUUUCAGUCUUGUGCCGAGCACUGACACACACUCAAGAACAAGUCAGAGAAGCUACUUGCAGACUAUUGGCAAAUAUGCAGACAUCCAACACCAAUGCAUUGUCUAUUAUGAAAUCUGUAAUUUUUCAAUUUAUUCACUGCCUUCGUGAUCCUAGCAUGUCUGUUCGGCGUAUGGCCUGCAGGGCAGUCGGGAGCUGGUUGGGAGGACUGGCUGAGGCAGGGUAUAAAAGCAGUGAGUCCAGCAAUAAAAAGGGGUUUGGUCUUUGGACCAAAGAAAAUAGCAAAACCAAAUCAAACCAACAAGCAGAGUGUGUCCCACUGGCGGAACAGGAGGAUGAGGAAAACUGGACUGAGGCCAUGAGGAGCUGCACAGCUCUGCUGGGGGCCACUCUGUUGGACCCGGACACUAAGAGCCGCCAUCACUGCUGCGUGGCACUGGGGAACCUGGUGAAACUGGAGGGGGCUGUGCAGUGGGUGCUGGAGGAGGACGUGUCCAGUGCACUGCUUAGAGCUGCAUGUAUGGACUCCCAUCACACAGUGAGACAAGCCGCCAUAUCCUCCCUCUGUAUGUUCAGCCAGCAGGAGCCAAUCCGUCAGGCGCUGAUGUCUCUCGAUGCCAAAAGAAAACUUUUGCAGGCUUCACGUGCGUUUCCACAAAGCCACUAUGAGCAGCUCAUUGGACACCUGUGAGAGGUUCAUGUUUGUCUGGCCUGCAUUGGAUACGAACAUUUAGUUGUAGUUAUUGCAUUGUGUGUUUUGUACUUUUUUUUCUCUAAAAGAAAGUUGCGACCGACUUCUGCCCGACUCAAAUAUCAAAUACUAAAAUUUACGAUUUCAUUCAAAAAUCGAGCGGGUCGUGGAUCAUUUUAAUUCCAUAAUUGUUAUUCCAUUGUUAUUAUUCUGUUGUUAUUCUAUUUUCUGAGUUUGAAGGGCCGCGCGCAUCAGCGCCGCGUGCAUCAACGCAGUGCGCGCGGGCCGCACGUGGCGGCCGGAGCAGAGCGCAUCCGGCCUCUGUUACUUUGACAAAUGGAAAUUUGACCUCUUGAAAACUGGGAGACACUAAAAGCUUUUUCCCGAAAUAACUGCUGUAUAACAAAUGAGGUUAAGCAGAGGACACUUUAUUUUGAAACUAUUACAAACACAAUAAACAUGUUCAUGACUAAAACAUAGCGUCUUUACGCG